UCUAUCGGGUUUGUAGUUGCUCCUUUUGUCCAGUUAAGUCUUCUGCUGUAUCCCGUUGGCACCAGGUAUUACGAUACCACUUCCACACGCAUCCUUCUGCUGCCAGUGGCGGUGGGAGUGCCAACCCCUUUGGUGGUGCUCCGGCAGCACGUCUCCAGCUUUCAAUGCCCUUUGUUCAUGCAGACAUCAUGGUGCUGAUCGCGUCCAUUGCCGUGCUGGCAGCGGGCUCCCAGGGCAACGUCUUUGCCACCUCGGCGCUCAGGAGCUUGCGCUUCCUGCAGAUCCUGCGCAUGAUCCGCAUGGACCGGCGGGGUGGCACCUGGAAGCUGUUGGGCUCCGUGGUUUACGCGCACAGCAAGGAGCUGAUUACUGCCUGGUAUAUUGGCUUCCUCUGCCUCAUCCUGGCCUCUUUCCUGGUAUACUUGGCCGAGAAAGGAGAAAAUGAGCACUUUGAUACAUACGCAGAUGCACUCUGGUGGGGUCUGAUCACCCUGACCACCAUCGGCUAUGGGGACAAGUACCCACAAACCUGGAAUGGGCGACUGCUGGCUGCAACCUUCACACUCAUUGGUGUUUCCUUCUUUGCUCUCCCUGCCGGCAUUUUAGGUUCGGGUUUUGCUCUGAAGGUUCAGGAGCAGCAUCGGCAAAAGCACUUUGAGAAGAGACGCAACCCAGCAGCAGGCCUGAUUCAGGCUGCAUGGAGGUUCUAUGCCACCAACCUGUCCCGCACAGACCUGCACUCCACGUGGCAGUACUACGAGCGCACCGUCACCGUCCCCAUGUACAGACUCAUCCCACCUUUGAACCAGCUGGAACUCCUGAGGAACCUGAAGAGCAAGUCGGGACUAACAUUCAGGUUAGCAACAGAGAGUUAGGAGAGCUUGGAAAGCUCACACUUCUUCACUGCAUUUUUUUUUUUCUUGUUUUGUUUUUUUUUUCCCCCCCAUUCCUGCCUUUUGCGUGUCGACAACCUUGAAGAUGUGAGAGGUGUUGGCAGCUGAUCCCCACGGGUUGCUCAGCGAUCUCCUUCCCACCCCUCUUCCACGCUGCCCAUGCAUUUCUUCAGCCUAAUUUGUCUCUGGAGUAAUGUUACAGCGCUUGGCUGGAAAUGCAAAGUGGUACUUUAGAGGAUCAGCUCAAGGUGGUGUUCUCAGUUUGCCUCUGACCUUCCUGUUCCUCACUGCCCUUGGAGAUUUCUCAUGCCCACGAUGUGCUAAUUCAUUCCCUACCCUCCAUCUUUCCCUGAGAGCAGGCAGGAUUUAGUGGUGAGAAAAAGCAAGAGGAUAUUCCCUUGGUCUCUCUCCCCUGACUGAAGCACCGUGUCCCAGAUUCCCGUAGCUCCAUAAACAGGUUACAAAAAUCAAAGAUCCUGCUGAGCUGGAGCACAGCACGUGGCAGUGGUGGGUCAGACUUGCAGCAUUGCUGUGAGCAUCCUGCUGUUUGGAAACCAUCCUGCUCAGCACAGCUCUGCUUAUCCUCUGGGUGAGGCUAUCAGUUAGUCAGAAUCACGACUUCAUGCCUGCUAAAUUUGCUCUGGUGAGAUAGCAACGAUUGCCCCAGAAGGCCAGGCAUCCUGCAGCUUCAGUCUGCACUCAGGAGGGAUCGUUUCAUGUAUUUUAAGCAAGGUAGGCCACCCCAUUUGGUGACAGGGGCAAUGCAGAGCCUUGGGGAUAGAGAAGAGAUGCUGAGCUGGUGAGUGGUGGGUGGGACAGCACCUGCCUGGGCUGUGACCCUGCAGAGUGCAGGGAUCUGGAGACCCAUGGAUGGGUCAGACUGCAGAUUGAGUGUGAAUGUGUGAGGCUGGGGCUGGGCUGAGCACAGAGCAGGGGGAUGAAGGCAUUUUUUUAGUCUCUUCAAUCCAAUUUGCCCCCCACCCCCAGCAGCCAGCUGGUGCUUGGAAGGAACCAGGGGAUGCAGACCUUUACACUGCUGACAUUCACUGCCUGCUCACUCUCUUCUGGAGCUGCAUUCUUUCAGCCUGGUGUAAAGAAGGUGUGAAUAGCUGAAUGCAGGACAAGUUUUCCUCGUACUGCAGGGAAAUGCUACCAAGCUGUUGGUCAGUAAAAGGGAGACUUUUUUAGUGUGGCCAUAGGUUGGCUUGUGAUGUUGUGCCCUAUCCUUUUGCAGGUGUUCACCUCACUUUGUCCUCAAGGUCCAUGGUUUUUUCAGUGCAGCCAAGUGGUUUGGGAUCUCAGUGGGAAACUGCAUGCAAGAACUGUGAUCCCCACUCCCUCCACAGAGCCUUUGCCAAUGACAGAAAGGAUGGCUGAGGUGGAGGACCUGGGGCCAGGAGUCUGUACCUCAGUCCCAGUUUUUUCCCAUUGGCCAGGAGGGAGAAGCAGGUACCCCAGGCUCACAGCAGACACUCCAAUCCAUCCGUAUGUGCAGAAAUCACUCGAGGAGAUGCUUUUCCAAAGGAAGGAGCUGCUCUCUGAGCACACAGAUGUCCUCCUUUGCUCACCCACAUCACACGGCCCUGGGGUGUCUGAGUCAUGCAUAGGCACGAGGAUGGGUUGGGAGCAGUUUUACAGCCCUGUGCAUUGUAUGUGUCUUCUCUGAGGUUGUGUGAGUCUCCAGUGAUCUCCUGUCCAGGACAGAAACUCCAGGAAUUAAGUACUCCUUUCCCUCUUUUCUGUCCACAACUUCCACUUAGUUGUACUGUUUGGUAUUGUCUUUUCGUUAUGUUUUAACAGUGAAGCAGCAACAUCUGUUGCCACCUGACACCAUGCUAAUGUACUAUUGCUUCUGUUUAAAGGAAAGAGCAGCAGCCCGAACCAUCGCCAAGGUCUGUAUCACUGCCAACACGCCAUCCCCAUGCAUUACCUGUAGAUCUGUGUGUGUGUGUAUGUAUGUGUACCAUGUCGUGGCACCAUCGAGGGAAGCAUCCUAGGUAUUAACGUGCUUUUUCUGUGCUGUGGCAGUCCAAUGUAUCUACGUGUAAUGCUGGACCUUAAAUCAUCUCUCCUUGCAGUCUGCCUGGGUGGCUAUGAGGAUAGUGAGGCUGUAGGGCAGAGGGACAGCAGUCGGUAGGGCUGCAGACUUAAUUUGGGGUGACAGCAGGGCUUUGGUUGAUGCUGCUUUUUUUUUUUUCCCCCUUUCGUUGCUGGAGUUGCAGCUGGAAUGGUGUAAGAGGGGCUUGAGGUGUGCCAAUGGUGGUGUUGCUUUGUCUGUGCCACCACCAUCCAACGUGGAGGUGACUUGGAGCACAGAGCCAUUGCCACGUCAUCAAGGUGGCAUCUCCCAGGCAUGGAGGGGCUCUCUGGCACAGCACUGAGCUGCAUGGCAGAAACAGCCCAGCCCUGCCUCGCUCUCUGAGUGAUGCCCAGUCCCUGCCCUGCUUCCCUUCACGUGCAGAGCGUGCUCCGCUGGGUGCCCUCUGCACGUGGUGAGCACCUUCCAAGGCCAGCCAAAAAUCUGACCUGAAGGAAAGUUUCUAUCACUUCAUAUGUCCCAGGGAAAGCAGCAGGGCUGGUGUUUGGGAUGCUUCGGGAAGACUUUUCGUCCUUCUCAAACUACUGAAUUCUGGGAUUUUUUCCUCUUUUUUUUUUUUUUUCUCUCCUGGUUCUUACAGAAGUAAUUUUGGGACUGAAUCUCCGUAUUUAUUUAUUUUUUUCUUAAGGAGCAAGAUGCAAAACUGAUGAUCUGUGGAGAUCAUCUGCUUGGCUUUCAGGUCUUCCAUCCCAUAUCUCAAAACUUAGCUUAAAUAUUGCAAAUAUUGGAAAAUGCGUUUUAGUAGUAUGACAAGAGCCUGGCAUUUUGCAGAUGAAACUUUCUGCUGUGCCUUUUAGCUUAUCAGAGGCCAGAAACUAAUUUUCUCCUAGCACAAAAUCCAACCAAAGAUGUCUGUGCAGAUACAGUGCCAACUAAAGGAAAGAAAUUUCAUCCUUCCUUUAUUCCCCCCGCUCCUCUUUUUUUUUUCUUUUCUGUAUUUCAUUUGAGCUUUUUCUUUGCAAGCAGAACCUCCAUAGCACUCCAUCCACUCCCUGCCAAAUAAAUCAAAUCACCAAGAUCGUGUUUCAACGAGCCAGAAUUUCUCUUUUCCCACUCAGGGUCCCAGUUGGUGUAGUGAGAACAAAGGCAGCCUCCAUUCAACUUGAUUCAAGCAGGGAAAUGCUCUCUGGGAGCAGAGCAAGGCUGAAAUCUUGGUCACCUGCCCUUGGGAUCAGGGACUGCAUUGUCACAGGAAAUCCCUGCUCAACCCCAGCAGCUCCAUAGCUGGAGGACUGUGAGGACCACUGUCCUUCAUGUGGUCCUGGGUACUGGUCUUCCUUCUGCAGGCAUCUGUCCUCUUGCAGCCCUCGUUUUCACCACUUAGCACAGUAAGUUAAAUGAUAGCAUAUUUUCUUCGUAGAGGUUGCAGGUUUUUUUCCAGUUCAAUUUCUACAAUGCUUUCUUAACCUUAUGCCACAGAAAGAAGUAAAAACAGCCUUUCAUUGUCCUUAUUGAAAGUAUUUCUUACUAUAUAUGGCUCCUUCAUCAGGCUCAUUUCCAAAUGCUGUUUUCCUGCUCCAGUGUCCAUUUUGUGCAACAAUGCUGCUCUUCCAUGGAAGAUGCUAAACCUUGAACCCAGGCAUGCUAAAGCUGAGGGUCUGUGGUUGCCAUAUGUGUGACAGUAGAGGACUUUGCAGAUUGCUCAGUUCAGCUGCCAGGGCGGAGUCAAAGUUCUUUCCAUCUCAGUUUUAUUAGGACAAUAUCACUUCUCCCUGCUCCUGCUUUUCCUUCAAAAAACGUCUCAGACCUCAGGAAGGCAUGGUGCACAGAAGUCCCUAUAUUCAGGGGACCCCAAAUCAGCUGUUUCUCAAGUAAAAGUCCCUGGGGCUUUCACAGUAACAUCCCGAAUCUCCCACCUGCUUUGAUUUCCAGCAGCCCCAUUGAUUCUUAGUGUGUCAUCCUGUCCUUACAGGAAUAAUCUCAUCUCCUCUGCCAUUCCACCCAAUGGUGUAUCUCUAGCUCUGCUUUGUCAUUGGUGAUCAUGACUGAAAACUCCCUGGCUGAGUCACUUCUCCUAGCAGACCCCAGCACUGCUCUGUUACUGCUUUGGCAAGUGAAGCAUUUUCCCCUUUCCAUUUCCAUCGAAGUAACAAAAUGUCCAGUCUCCCAUCUGGGCACAGCUGGAUCUUCUUCCUAUUGCAGCUCUUUGUAGGAGUGGCUGAUUUCCUAUAUCCAUAACCAAUAGAAUAUCAGGACAUCCUUACGGCAAGUAGCACAGAAAUGGCUUUUCUGCUGUGUUGCAUCUUCCAGCAUUUGAAAUUGGAGUGGAGAUGCUGGCCCAGCUUGUGGGAACGUGCUGUGCAGGACUGGCCUGUCCCUGGGGUCUCACAGUUCUGCCCUCUGCCCCCAGUACUGCUGUGGCUUUGCUGAUUUCUGUUGAGAUGGCACUGGGAGAGCGGCAGCCUGAGCUGGAGGGAUGCGGGGAUGUGAGCAGGUUAGUGAGGGGGGGACUUGGGGUCGCCUGGAAUCAUUCUGGUGGCCUUUGGUUGGGUCUUGGCGUACAGUGGGACAGCCAUCAGGGAGACAGGUUAUGAUCUCUCUCUGUCAUCUGUUUUGUUCUCCACUGUGAGCUUUUCUGCAUCUGUCUAUGAGCACAGGGCAGCCACAUGCUGACCUGCUGCAGGGGACAGGAGCUCAGCUCCCUUGGCACAGAGCUGGGCUGCCAGAAACAGAACAGGCUCUGGCCUUUUGCUACAUGCCAUGGGCUUCUUUGCCAUUUUUAUUUUCCUUCCAUUUAAAAAAAUAAAAGAAACUGCUGACAGAGCCUCCUCCACUGGGCUCUGCACCAACGGCAUCUCUGAGUCCACAGGGUCUGGGUCACAAAUCCAAGCUCUCCAGUGCCGUGCAAGGAGGAAUUUGAUGGCUCCUCUGCCAUGAGUGGUCGGGUUGAAAAUUCAGUGUUGAUUUUCUCAUCUGACUGUAAUGUUCAAAAGGAAGACGGGUGGUUAGCCAAGGCUGCAGAGGCUUUUGUGGAAGAGGUGUGCUCCAAAUGAUUUGGAUCUGAAAGCAUCUAUGACCAGAUUUGUUGGGCAGGAAACUCAAGGUGAAUGAACUGGAUGAUCAUAAUAACCCGUUAAUAUUAGAGAAAAAGAAACAGAAAAAUUCCUGGGAGCUGGGAAGCUUAAAGUCAGAUUACUUUGUCCAGCAUGAGUUAAGUUCUGUAGGCAAUGAGAGGAACCUCUUUCAAAGGUUGUCCUCAGUGGUGGUUUAUCCCCAGCCACAAUGAACUCAGCAAGAUCUUGGCCAUCAUAUUGAGUGAACGCUGGACUGGGCCACUCUGUAAUGUGUAUGUAUAUCUGUGUGUAUCUCUCUCUUUCUCAGUGUAUGUACGUGUCUGUCUGAGAUGCACACUACUUCCAUAGCUCUGCUCAGGGCUAUGAUUCAGGCUUUAGGACGCACUAGAGGAUGCCUUUGGUUGACUCAGGGGACCCCUGCUCUUGCCAGCCCAGGGUUGCUGACUUUAACCUGUUAAACAGGUGGCAGAGACUCAUGCUGGGAUCGACAGUAAUCUGAAAAUAAUCAGUUGCCUUUCAGGGAGCGGAUUAUUUGCACAGAAGGAACCGCAUCUUUCCAUAGGGACCCUGAGGCUCUGCAUGCUCAGCGCCCCACAGCCGUGCCGCGAUGCUCAGCCCCCGGUGGCACCACCACUCCAUGGGGACAUGCUGACCCAUUGUGAGCUCCUGGGGACGUGGGGUCCUAUUGUGAGCCCUCAGCAAGGAGAGGGCUGAGCUCGCGCGGGAUGCGGGAGGAAUUCCUGCAUGUCCCUUCUGUGCCCACUGCUGAGCUCAAGGCUGAUGUGAGAGUGGGGCUUUGUGCCCUUCCCUCCCUCAGCCUGCCCAUGAGCUCAGCUGGGACAUCAGCUUUGGCAGGGCCACCUGGUCAACCUGCCGCAGGCAGAGGGCUGCUCCAUGGCAUGAAUACCCCUAUGGUAGUAGGGGGGGGAUCAGUGGGCACUGGGAUGGGUCCACAGAGCCAGGAGCUCCCCAGAAGUGAUAGGGGAUGUCCAAGGUGUGGGCAAAACUCAGUGCUGAGCGCUGAUGUUCUGAUGCUUUCCCAAAAGGGACUGCACUGCCCCCUGUUUUAAUCUGUGUAUUUUUUUUUUAUGCCAGGCUUAAGCUUAUACUAUUAGCUGUAUGAGAAGUGCAAAUAAUUCACAGA